AUGAGUUCCGAACUGGAAAAAGUAACUGAAGACAUUGAUAUAGCAGUUGAUUUACUUAAUUUACUGAAAUCUAGAUAUUUUUUCUUGCGUGCUAAAUAUGAUAUUGACAUUAAUUCUCAAACAGCAUAUGCAUCUAAAGAUAUUCAAUCAGAAUAUCAGUAUGCAUCUAAUGAUCUUCAAUCUUUUAUCAUGCUGGAACUUCACCUUUUAGAAUAUGCAUGUACUUAUGGUAUUUAUUCCAUGAAUAUGUAUGCAACUCGUCUAAAAACCAAUUUAAACUACAAUGACAAGGACCAUUAUUUUUUAAAACUUCUUAAAGAUCAUUUACGGACUUUAAUCGAAACUAAUAAAGAAAUUAAAAAUCUUUCUGUUAAUCCUUAUGAUAGCUUUACUUCAUAUAUAAAUUCAUUCAAGGUAUAUGCAAACGUUUUGAAUAGUGUUGAUGUGACAAACAUCACUCUACUAAAUGAAACUGAUACCAACAAGAAAAAGAAUAAACUGAUGAAGAAAAUUUCAAAAAUCAAUCUUAUGGCAAAUAUUAUUACGCUAUUUGUAUCUGACAAUAUUACAGACUAUAAAACUGAAGUAGGACGGGCUGCUUUGAAUAUUUGUUUAAAGUAUAGAACUACUAGAAACAUAGAAUAUUAUACAAAAAAAUGUAAUUCAAAUUAA